GCUGUUCAGUAUUCCUCCGGGUCUUCAAGCGUUCCCUUCUUUUGCUGGUUUUCACCUUCGAGGUCUCGGCGUAUCACAACAACACCACAAUACCACUUACGUCGGAUAAAAACUCUCAAACUUUAUUCCUUUUAAAACAAACAACAACAACACUAAAAAAAUAAAUAAAAAAAGCGAGUUAAAAUCACGCGGCGUGAUGUCGCGCCCCUUUGAACCAAAACAAGCUUUAUUUCGAUAGUGAGUUUAAAAAAAACCCGUCAAACGUGUAAAAUUUUUAACUUUUUUAUGUUUUUCGGAGGUUUUAUAUUGAUAAACCCAGAAUUCUGUCCGUACUACAAGUUUAAACUUGAUCGCGGUUGGACGCGGUUUUAAGCUUCGCGCCAAAUUUUGUAAGUAAGUUACCUACUUACGUGCUAGUGUACGCCAUUUGAAUAUCUAAUCGCCAUUUUGACGUCUAUCGGGAAUCCAACGAUAUUCUUCCUGGUCCCGGAUCGCCCCGGGAAUUCCGAAGAUAUUAUAUCUACUCACUUCUUAUCGACUCGCCAUGGAGUCACUAUCACGCCCGUUAGUUUUUCUUCUCAUUAUAUUGGCUUUACAAAAUGUCGACGUUGACGGACAUGGCCGUAUGAUGGAUCCGCCUUCCAGGAACAGCAUGUGGCGCUUCGGAUAUCCGAAUCCGGUAAAUUAUAAUGACAAUGAAUUGUUCUGUGGCGGUUAUGCAGUCCACUGGGUCCAAAAUGAAGGAAAAUGCGGAGUUUGCGGUGACGCUUAUCAUUUGAGUCAUCCUAGACCUCAUGAAGCAGGUGGUGAAUUCGCAAGAGGAACUAUUGUUAGACGCUACACCGCUGGACAGGACAUCGACAUCGAGAUAGAACUAACAGCGAACCACCAAGGCAGAUUCGAACUUAACCUUUGCCCACACAACAAUCCUUCCCAACAAGAAACUCAAGAGUGCUUCGACAAGUACCCUCUGUAUUUAUCAGGAACACGAGAACCGGCGUUUAUUAUCCCCGAAGACAGCCCAAAGAAGGCGAUAUUUAAUUACAGAGUAACACUGCCUCCGUACAUAACCUGCUCUCAGUGCGUUAUCCAGUGGAAUUAUCUGACAGGUAAUAUGUGGGGUACCUGCGAGAAUGGAACCGAGGCCGUUGGUUGCGGAAAACCGGAAACUUUUCGCAAUUGCGCGGAUGUUAAUAUUGUAACAAGUACUUCGGGUGUCCCUCCGAUGUUUGUUCACCAGUACAAUCCCUUUCUAUUGUACUAUCAGGACUACCGUACUUCUGGUAACAAUAAUAAUAACGAUAAUGUAUAUCCGCUGGUUAUCAGAGCCCAAACUUGCCAACCGACAAAACUUUACCGCUUCAUUCCCGGCAUGAAUGAUUGGUGCCUUGAAAACUGUCUUCGCUAUCCGCCUAAUUGUCCACAGACUGUUUGUUCCUGUCCAGAACAAUGCGACGCUGUUGGCGAAUUCAGUGGAAGAAAAGGCGCUGAUGUCUAUUGUAUGGAUAAAUGCCUUGUCAACCCGCCAGAUUGUCCGGCUAAUCGGUGUCAAUGCUACUAAAAUUAUUAGUUAAUGCUUUCAUAAUCAAUAAAUGCCUUGUACAUUUAUAAUUUAUCAGUUUUUUUGUUUUUAUUUCCUUAGAAGUGCCAGUUUGAGCAC